AUGGCCACCCGUCCCCAAAACAUAGGCAUUAAAGCCAUUGAACUCUAUUUCCCCAGCCAGUAUGUUGAGCAGACCGAACUCGAGAAGCAUGAUGGUGCCAGCACUGGAAAGUACACAAUUGGUCUUGGCCAGACCAAGAUGACCUUUUGCGACGACAGAGAGGACAUCUAUUCGCUCGCCCUGACCGCCGUCUCCAAGCUGAUCAAGAACUACAAUGUCGAUAUCAACAAUGUCGGUCGUCUUGAGGUCGGAACUGAGACCAUUCUCGACAAGUCCAAGUCGGUCAAGUCCGUCUUGAUGCAGCUCUUCGGCGAGAACACCAACAUCGAGGGUGUUGAUACUGUCAAUGCCUGCUACGGUGGCACCAACGCCAUGUUCAACACUGUCAACUGGAUCGAGUCGUCUGGCUGGGACGGCAGAGAUGCCAUCGUCGUUGCUGGUGACAUUGCACUCUACGCCAAGGGCAACGCUAGACCUACCGGUGGUGCUGGUUGCGUCGCCAUGCUCGUCGGACCCGACGCCCCUAUUGUCGUCGAGCCUGGUCUACGAGGAACCUACAUGGAGCACGUCUACGAUUUCUACAAGCCUGAUCUGACCAGCGAGUACCCCUACGUUGACGGCCACUACUCGGUCAACUGCUACUCCAAGGCCCUCGAUGCCGCCUACCGCGCAUACAACAAGCGUGAGCAGACGCUGGCCAAGGCUGCCAACGGUCACGCCAACGGCAACGGCGCUGCUGCCGACUCCGCCAAGACUCCUCUCGACCGCUUCGACUACCUCGCCUUCCACUCUCCUACCUGCAAGGUCGUCCAGAAGUCGUACGCUCGUCUCCUGUACCACGAUUACCUCGCUGAUCCCGAGAACGCUGCUUUCGCCGAGGUUCCCGCCGAGGUCCGCGACAUGCCCUACGAGAAAUCCCUUACCGACAAGGUUGUGGAGAAGACAUUCAUGGGUUUGACCAAGAAGCGAUACGCUGAGCGCGUAUUGCCCUCCCUCCAGGUGGCUACCAACGUUGGAAACAUGUACUGCGCCAGUGUCUGGGGCGGUCUGUCCUCGCUGGUCUCGUUUGUCGACAGCGCAAACCUCCAGGGCAAGCGCAUUGGUCUCUUCAGCUACGGCUCUGGUCUUGCUGCUUCUUUCCUGUCGCUGCGCGUCAACGGCAGCACCGAGCAGAUUGCCAAGGUUUUGAACAUCUCCGACAAGCUUGCUGCUCGUCGGGCCCUCCUGCCUACCGACUACGAGGCUUUCUGCGACCUUCGCCACCAGGCCCAUCUCCAGAAGGACUUCACCCCCAAGGGUGAUAUCUCGACCAUCGCUCCUGGCACGUACUACCUCACCAAGGUGGAUGACAUGUUCAAGCGAACCUACGCCAUCAAGGAGUAA